CCGGGGAGCUGCUGGGGCGGAGGCAGCCCGCCGCGGAGGGGCUGGGGGAGAACGGCUCUGCCCGGGCCGAGGAACUCAGCUCGCGGCCGGGCGGGGCCGUGGCUCUCCGACAAACCCGCCCCGCCUCCAGCGCAAAGUUUCACCCUCAGCCCCUGCCCGGGCACAAGCGCCGCUGGCUCCGCCCGUUGUUGGAGGAGCAGGAGCCGAUCGAGCGCAGGGGGAGGGGCGGAGGCGGGGCCAGGCCGGAGAGGGGAUCCGUACGGCUCGCCCAGCCCAGCCCGGCCGCGGAGAGCGAGGCGAGUGACUGACACGGACCAAAGUUAUCCCGGAAUAAGGGCAGCACGCAUGUGCCGUCACCCCGGAUGUGAACAUGCCGCCCAGUCCCUCAGAAGCCCGGCUAGAGCGGACUGGCUGACCCGUGCUGGGCUGAGCCGAGCCUGGCCGGGCCCAAGCGAGCUAGCUGUCCGCUUGGGGGGAAGGGAGGCAGAGCCUCCGCCCGAGGGAAAGGGAAGUGGCAGAGCUCCCGCGAGGCGGGGAAAAGGGGGGCAGAGCCCCCCAACCCCGGGCAGAACCUUCCUGAGGCAGCUGAGGUGGAGAAUUGCCCCAAUGGUUUGGCUAAGCCAGGCCUUCCUGUCACAAAUGACCCCAGCCCCGUGUUAGUAGCCCUUCUCCCCGCCCCCGCCCCCCCCGCCGUUCCUGGGGGUUUGUUACACCUGGGCUAAGUACGGAAACUCUGUCACCAUCUCUUCAUCCCCCAUCCCUUCAGUUACUCCUGGCCACGCGCCCCAGGAGUUCCUGCCUUUACUGGGGUGGGGCAGGAAUAAUGGAUUUUCGGGGGAAGAAGUACGAGCGGGGCAGUAAUUGGUCAGACCCUGAAGUGGUGGAGCUCCUGCAGCUUUGGGCUGAUGAGUCAGUUCAGAUGGAGCUGGAGAGCUGCCUGAGAAACCAGCAUGUCUUCAACCGGAUUGCUGAGGUGUUGAGGGAGAAGGGCAUCCACCGGACUGGGGAUCAGUGCCGGGAGAAAAUAAAAAAAAUGAAGCUGGAGUACCGCAGGAUCAAGGACAACAACAAGACCCCAAGGGGUGGCAGGACUUGGAAAUUCUAUGAGGUGAUGGACCGGGUGCUGACCAGCCGGCCCUCCAUCUCCUACAGUUCCUUGAGUGGCAGUGUGGUGUCUCAGCAGGCACUGCAAGGGAGCAUGGUGGAGAACUACCAUCACCACUUCACCCCCUCAGCUCUACCUUUCGGACACUCUCAGCACCCUGAGCUGAUGGAAAUCAAAUGUGAAGAGGUGGACUCUGAUGAACACUGCUUGACCCCGGAGCCCCCACUAUCCAUGUCUUACCAACAGGGCUCCCCUGAGGAGCAUGAGAUGGAGAGAGCUUUUCUGGACAGGGCCCAGAAUGACUCUCCUAUCUCCAGGGUGGAAAUUCCCAUUGAAACCAGUGUUUCACCUUCAGGUUUCAGUGAGCCCAACCUGGCUUCCUCAUCCCGGAUGCAGAGUGUGGGCCCUCGGCCUGGCUUCUCCACCUUGCACCGCCUUCGGAAGAAACGGAAAGGCCAGCGAGUGAAGGACCCCCUUGAUGACCUCCUACUAAAGACCCUGACAUCACAGCGGGCCAUGGAGGAGCGCUUUCUGCAGAUGGAGGAGCGGCGGUUACAGCGGGAUAUGGAAGUGGAGGAACGGCGGAUGCAGCUAGAGCAGCGACGUUUUGAACUGGAGCGGGAGCAUGAGUUCCGCAUGUUCAAUGUCUUUGCUCAGAUGCUUAGCAUCUUAAAGCAGAGCAACAGCGGCUCCUCCUCUUCUGUUGCACUGCCCCGGGGCUUGGAUUUCAUCCAGGUGCUGUCUGACAUCGCUGGGAUGGGAGGAGGAGGGGGCCUACAGGAGGCGAGGGCCAUGCAUGUAGGGCGACCACAUUCUGAGAGAAGGACCGACAUGUACAAUUUCUGUAACCCUGGCGAGUUCCAGAGCAGCCCCUUCCUCUCAGCUCGUGGAAACAUUGCCAAUCUCUUUCGUGGCUCGACAGAAGAGGGAUACAAGGCCUAUCAUGCUGACAAGUACGAUGAAGACAAAAACCCCAAUGGAAUAAUUAAUUUUGGUACCAGUGAGAAUAAACUCUGCUUUGAUCUAAUGUCCAAGCGGCUGACACAGAGUGAUAUGAACCUCAUGGAGCCUCCACUGCUGCAAUAUCCUGAUUGGAAAGGACAUAUGUUUUUACGGGAGGAAGUGGCUCGAUUUUUGACCUAUUAUUGCAAGGCCCCUGCACCUCUCAAGGCAGAAAAUGUUAUUGUGUUGAAUGGUUGUGGCUCUCUGUUUUCUGCAUUAGCUACAGUUCUCUGUGAUCCAGGGGAAGCUGUUCUGAUUGCCACCCCCUUUUAUGGUGGUAUCACCCAGAGUCUGUUCCUGUAUGGCAACGUCAAGCUGGUCUAUGCCUAUUUAGACAGUAAGAUCACCGGAACAAGCACCCGGCCCUUCCAGCUCACAGUGGACAAGCUAGAGAAGGCCCUACAGGAUGCCCGGUCAGAGGGUGUUGGUGUGAAAGCCUUAAUUCUCCUGAACCCCCAAAAUCCCUUAGGGGACCUCUACUCCCUGUCAGAAUUACGGGAUUACCUGGAGUUUGCUAAAAGGCAUGAAUUGCAUGUAAUAGUCGACGAGAUCUACAUGCUGUCGGUUUUUGAUGAAUCAGCCACAUUCCAUAGCGUUCUGGGCAUGGACAGAUUGCCUGAUCCACAGAGGACUCAUGUGAUGUGGGGAAUUAGCAAGGAUUUUGCUGUCUCUGGGAUUCGUUUUGGCACUUUGUAUACUGAGAACCAAGAUGUUGCCAAUGCAGUGGCCUCCUUGUGUUACUUCCAUGGAGUUUGUGGACCUGUCCAACACAAAGUGGCACAGCUGCUCCGAGACAGAGACUGGAUCAAUCAAGUAUACCUGCGGGCCAACCAUGCCCGUCUCAAAGCUGCCCAUACCUAUGUGACAGAUGAGUUGAAGACCCUUGGGGUUCCCUUCCUCAACCGCAAUGCCGGCUUCUUUGUUUGGAUCGAUUUCCGAAAGUACCUUAGGACAGGAACGUUUGAGGAGGAGAUGCUGCUCUGGAGGCGAUUCCUGGAUAACAAGGUUCUGCUGUCCUGUGGCAAAGCCUUUGAGUGCAGUGAGCCGGGGUGGUUCCGUAUCAUCUUUGCUGACAAAACCCACCGACUACAGUUAGGCAUGCAGAGGAUCCGUAGAGUCCUGGAAGAGAGGGAGCACGAGAUCCUUUCUGAGGACAAGGACCAGCUCUGCCAGUCGGACCAGGAUGGCAAAGCAGAUAGUACAGACGAGGUCAUCUUUGUGUCCCGUCACCAGGAGCCUGGUUCUACUGGGGGCUCCAACCUUGGUGACCUCAUUGGCCUCCUGCAGCAGCAGAUGCGCUCAUCUGACUGGCUGCAGAAGAACACAGCAGAGCAGUUUGCACAGGAGAAGCCAGAAAUCUAUGACGUGUUCAGCAAACUGGUGGGGAAACAAUAGGGACCCCUGUUCCUCCAUGGGCCUUAUCUGAGCAGGGAUUGACACCGGAGACCCUAAGUGCUUGGUAUUUGACUUCUCGCAAAGAAUAUAUUUUCUGUAUAGCGAGGAAAUCACCUUGUAAAGCCUGCUACCCAGGCCCCCUCCUUGGAAUCUCUGCUUUGUAUUGUGUAGCCCAUUUCCCUGUAUUGGGGUAUGGGUGGGGGAUGCAGGGCUCACUUCUGCCACUGCCCCUUGCCUCAUAUUUUAUAAUUCAUUUCAAAUGAAUGAGCUCUUGGCUCUUUUUAUAAGGCACCAUGGUGUCAUCUUUUAUGCUGCUUCUUGUUUCCUCUCACUGUUCCCAGGGAGACAGAAACUUGAGAUAAUUAAGAUGUUUUAUAUUCUUCCCUGAAUGAGGUGCAGAGACAACUAAUUCCUUCAGCCCCAGAAGAUGUGUUUCCUCAUCAAGCCACUGUAAUAUGACAUGUAUUGACCGUUAGAACCACGCACUUGCCCUGACUCUCAGCUGGGGGUAAAUAAGCGUGUAUUCAUAUAUAGACCACUUAGAGAGAGAGAGUGUGUGUGUGAGAGAGAGAGACAUUCCAACAGAGGGGAUCGAAUGACUUCAGUAACUAGUACUAUGGAGCCUUUCACUUCUGGAUCACUAGUUCCCCUACAGCCUCAGGUCCGUUGUGAUUUUAAAAUAUAUAAUACAGCGAUUUGGUGCCCUGUGUUAAAUGAGCUUGGCUAUCUCAGUCUAGCUUUUUGUGUUCAUAUAAAACAUCAUCAUCACAACUGGGUAUGAUAGCUUCUCAGCAGGAACUGCCAACAAAAUGGGCAAAGGAUGCAGAGGGUCAUGGAGAGUAGACAGCUCCACUAUGCUAGGAGGAUGUUCUGGUUAGAAAUAAGGCACUCUGGCAGGACAGUAUAGACAGUGUUCACCCUGCUGCUGCCAGGCUCUUCAGAGCCGACAAGUCAGCACCUUCCCCCAAAAUCAAAAAACUUUUAAAAAAUGUAAUCUAGACUGUUACAUCAGACAGCUUCUGAGGGUAACUUUCUGGUUAUACAAGAUUCUUUAGUUUUCUUUGAAAGGGCCUGUUUGAGUUGCAUUCUGUGUGAUGGUGGUAAACUGUAAUGUAGCUGGUAAACUGAUCUCUUGGUAUAAAGCAUUUUCCUUUGCCCUUAGUUAGAUUUCCUCUGAGACAAAGCAAGAUUUAUUAUGUUCACAUCCAGGAGUUACAGAAUGUCUACAGUAUAGGUGCUACAGCAGCACAGCUAUGCCUCUGUAGUGCUAUAGUGUAGAUGCUUCCGACAGUGAUGGAAGGGUUUUCUCCAGCAAUAUAGGAACACCGCCUCCCCGAGUGAUGGAAGCAUUCUUUUGUCGACCUAGCUGCAUCUAUACUGGGUGUUAAAUGGGCAUACCUAUGGUCUUCGGGUGUAGGUUUUUCACACCUGUGAGUGCUGUAGCUAUGUCAACCUAUCUUUUUUAAGUGUAGAUUAGGCCAUCCAUGUUAAUGCAGAACAAGAGCAAAUCGUGCCCUGGAAAAGAAAGAAAUAAUGAUUGUGAAUAUAACCUAUGAAGGGGAUCUCCACUCCUGUUAUGUGCCCAGGUGUACCAUUGGUGGUAACUGAGCUUGUGUUUUAACAUAGCUGAAUUUACUGAAAUCUGAUAACGGUCACGUCUACCUCUAUGAGGACUAUACCAGCACAGCCACAGCACUGUAGCUGUGCUAGCAAAAUCCUGUAGUAUAGCCUAUGCCGAUAGAAGGGGUUUAUCCAUCAGUAUAGUAAAACUAUCUUCCAGAGCAACAGGAGCUACACUGACAAAAGUAUUCUUCUAUCCAGCCUGGAACUUUCCUCUCAGCAUUGAUAUUAUAUGUGAAGAGCAAGAUUGAGAGUUAACAGAAAGAGGUGGGCUCCCAGAUCUCACAGGCAUUCAUACCAGCAAUGAUUGGGGUGUUUCAAGCAAUAAGGGAAAGAGCAUUAAGUACAUACAACCACUCACCCUACACAAGAAGGUCCUUUCCUGCAGUAUAUCUCUCAAGAAGCCAUUGGCUUCAAAAGAGACACCUUUCCUCUGACUGAAAGACAUCGCUGAUGCGAAUAGCAAUUCCCAGCUCACUCCAUGCAAGUAUGUAGCCUCUCCUCUAUCAAGGAAAAAGGAACAGUUAAUUUGUAUAAAGUGAGGGAUAAGGUAGCAGUGUCUAUCAUUAAAUGGGAUGGGAAGCAGCUUACAUUAUCUAAAAAUUGGGUUUAUAUGAUUUUAGGAGUGAAUUAAUUCUUGCCACAAUCAAUGUGACAAAUGCGAAUCAAAUGUAAAAGGGGGAUAAUGUUCCCCAGCUUUCAGGCAUGGAGUGAGAAUGUUCAUAAAGUGCUUUUAGAUGCGUAAGUGGAGGAGGCUAGAAAAGGGUAUGGUUCCAAAACAAUGCAAUAGUUAAAAGCUUUCUAUCUGCUUACUAAUUCAUCCUUUUUUUUCUCAGAUUUUAGCCACAUUUUUUUAGUAAAUUCUGUCUGUGCUGAUUUAAAAUUUAUUUCGCAUUUACACGAAUUUCUGCUUGUGAAAGGUAAAGCAUGAUUUAAGUUAUUGAGAUGGUUACAUCUUUGAAGAGGGUGGGAAGAGAAAUGCCAGAAUAGAUAGCCAAAAGAAAGACAAAUUGACUCCCUUCCCCUUUGUGACAUUCCCAAGGAGUCGCUGAGCUGCACAAAUUUCAGUCUAGCAGUAGCAAAGUGAAGAAGGCUCUCUGAAAUGAAGAACAUGAAAAGACUUUUUAGGCAGUAAUAAAUCAAAACACUAUUUUAUUUUAUUUCUUUUUUAGAUUUCUGUAAUAAACAAAAGCAAUCCAUUAA